AUGGAGACGGAAGACGAGUUUGCUCGUAACCUGUUGGACGACAUGCCUCCCAUCAACUGCGAUCUUUUCGAUGGACCCUACGGUGGCAACAAUGACAUAGGAGACAUGACCUUCUGUCUGGGAAACUAUGUUCCCGACUUUAUGAAGAUGCUUUUCACAAUGCGAUCACAUCACAUGUUAACAGACGUCGUCUUGGAAGUUGGAAACGAAUUGUUCCACGUACACAAAGUAGUUCUAGCAGCUGGCAGCCCUUACUUUAAGGCUAUGUUUACGAGCGGUUUGAAGGAAUGCGAGAUGUCUCGAGUCAAACUACAGGGUGUUUGUCCGUCAGCGAUGGCUUGGCUGGUUUACUUCAUGUACACGGGAAAGGUCCGUAUAACGGAGGUCACCGUAUGCCAGCUGCUGCCCGCCGCUACUAUGUUCCAGAUAACUAACGUGAUAGACGCCUGCUGCGCCUUCCUCGAGCGACAGUUGGAUCCCUCCAACGCCAUCGGGAUAGCGAACUUCGCGGAGCAGCACGGCUGUGUGGAGCUCAAACAGAAAGCUAACCAGUUUAUAGAGAGGAACUUCACUCAGGUUUGCCAAGAUGAAGAAUUCUUGAAACUAACACCACAGGAGUUAAUAUGUCUGAUAAGAAAAGAUGAACUAAACGUUAGGGAGGAGAGGGACGUCUAUAACGCAGUGUUGAGUUGGGUGAAAUUCGAUGAAGAUCGUCGUCAUCCUCGUAUGGAGCAUAUACUUCAGGUCGUAAGGUGUCAGUACUUGACGCCCAGCUUCCUGAAGGAACAGAUGACAACGUGCUCUGUACUCAAGAAAGUACCCGCCUGUAGAGAAUACCUCGCCAAGAUAUUUGAGGAUCUGACUCUCCACAAGAAGCCAGUAGUGAAGGAGCGUUGUCCGAACACUCCUCGUAUAGUUUACGUAGCGGGAGGAUACUUCAGACAUUCUAUAGACGUCUUCGAGGCUUUCAACUUAGACGACAACUGUUGGACAACACUACCUAGACUUACCGUGCCACGAUCAGGGCUGGGAGCUGCCUUUCUUAAGGGUUUGUUCUACGCAGUGGGUGGCCGCAACACGUCCCCGGGCUCCUCGUACGACAGCGACUGGGUGGACGUGUACAGCCCUACCUCGGAACAGUGGAGACCGUGCAGCCCUAUGGCCACGCCACGACAUCGGGUCGGUGUCGCCGUGAUGGACGGACUGCUGUACGCGGUCGGUGGGUCGGCUGGGUCGGAGUAUCACAAGACUGUGGAAUGUUACGAUCCAGAGAAGGAUACUUGGACUUACAUAGCGUCGAUGGGUCGCGCGAGGCUUGGGGUGGGGGUCGCUGUGGUCAACAGGCUGCUGUACGCUGUGGGGGGCUUCGAUGGAGCGAGGAGGACCGCCUCCGUGGAGACAUACCACCCCGAGAACAACUGCUGGACCGAACUGGCGCACAUGAAGUACGCCAGGAGUGGCGCCGGUGUAGCGGCGUGGAAUCAGUAUAUAUAUGUAGUGGGCGGGUACGACGGGUCGUCUCAGCUGUCGUCGGUGGAGAGAUACGACACGGAACAUGACACGUGGGAGGAGGUCACGCCCAUGAGGUCCGCGAGGUCCGCGCUCUCACUCACGGUCCUCGACAACAAGCUGUAUGCUAUGGGCGGGUACGACGGCACUUCAUUCCUGGACGUGGUCGAGAUAUAUGACCCGGUCACUGACACGUGGUCGGAGGGCACUUCGCUGACGUCAGCACGCUCGGGUCACGCCUCCGCGGUCAGCUACCAGCACGCGGCGCCCCCUGACGCUGACGCGCGGCGACAUGAUGACGUCACCAUGAACCUGCCACACGCACACAGAUAA